AUGCAAGAUAGAAAGAAUUGUGGUGGGACGCAGGACCGGGACUUAACUGCGGAGGAGAAAAGAGAUAGCUGGAUCGAGGAAGUGUCACCAAAUAUUUCCGUUGUGGUGCUUCUUAUGAAAAUGAAAUGGAAGCUUAGGCAUUCGCGUGGCGGAGGGUGGCGGGGGAAUGCUGACAGCGACGACAGUGACGACGAUGCGACUAUUGAUCGCUAUGCUAAGAACGGCAAGGUACUUAAUACGAGCGAAGCUUCGGAAUCCGAAAAGAAAGAAAUGGCAUUGAUUAACUCAAAGUUAACGCCAGAGGAGCUUUUUGCAAAGUACGACACGGAUAAAUCAGGCAACAUAUCUGCUCCCGAAUUUCUUGCCAUGCUACCGGAAGUGGGAGUUUAUCUAUCAGCUGCAAAAGCCAUGCGGGUAUUCCGCCAGUGUGACACGGAUGGUGGUGGCGAAAUCGAUCUCGCAGAAUUCAAAAUGGCAAUGUUUACCGUCGAUACUAUGUCUCAUACUUCGAAGCGCUUCUCUCCAUCUUUGCAUUUGAGUCCUCGCGAUGUAUUUGAACUAUUUGAUGAAGAUGGUUCUGGACAAAUUGAUAAUCUUGAAUUAGCUGACGUGCUUGAAUACCUUGGUAUGGAUGUGAGCGACGAGAAGCAAGAGAUGCUGCUUAAAAAGUAUGACAAGGACAAGGACGAAAAAAUCAAUUACGAAGAGUUUCGGGCUAUGUGGGUCAGUCUUGUGAAUGUGAAGGAAGAGCUUAUGAAGCGUGGAGCUCAAGUGCCAAAACAAAUGCGAGCCGAAAAGCUUCAGCAGAUGCUAGAAGCAAUGAUAAAUAAAGAGGAAUCAGAGGAGGCAAUAGCAUUCGAAGAAGCUCAGAAAUUCUUGCAGCGACAGCGAGUCAAAGAAUUCAGAACGCAGUUGGGAGGUAAAGCUAUCAUUCGUGCUCAGGAUGAACUGGCAGCUGCUUUGGACGCAGCAGGGCAAGUGUACGUGUUGGGCCGAGGAAAGUUCAAUCGGUUUUGUGGUACGACUUCCACUUGUGACGAAAGAUUGGCUCCUGGUUUCACCUUUGUGAGUGAGCUUUGGUCCUCUCGUGUUGAACCAGCCCACCAGAACAUUCAUGCAAGAAUGUCGAAAGCAGCGUCGGGUGAUGUAAAACUGAGGAAAGUAUUCAGCCGAAGCUCCGAAGUAGCCUCAAAACAACCUCCAGCGAUGAGCUUAGCAGCUCACUCUAGCGGUGCUUCAGUAGCUCAGUAUGUGCGUCGGAGACCAGAGAAUAAGCGAUGGACUUAUAAAAGUCCUUCCCGGCUGAACAAAACGUCACUAUUGCAAACAAAGGUGCAUACUAGAGCAAUAGAAAACGAACGGGAUAAGUCUGAUGAACAGAGCACUAGCGAUCAGAUUGCAUCGCUGAAAACUUGCACAGAACAAUCUGAAGUCGAAGAAAUUACUUGUUUUGAUUGCAAUCAGAAUGAGGAAGAACUUGCUAAAAUUCAUUUUGACAACCGAGAGUUUGUUCGAAGCCUGAGGUUUCGAUCAAGCACUCUGAUGUCGAAUACAGGACCGUUGUGGGGCCGGGGUGUCGUGCAAGGUGCGAUAAGUGACAGCGUCGCUUUCGCUGUAACAGAUUCGGGUAGUGUUUACAGCUGGGGGGUGAAUAACUCGUCGUAUAAGGCGUUGAAUCGAAACAAUGCCGGCUUAUGUGGCAAUUUGGAGAUGAUUCAUCAAGCUAUUGAUAUGCAGCAUGGAUUUACACCACGAUCAGCCGUGCAAACAUCGUGUACCUUACAGCAGGAAGCUUUUAACGAAAUUAAACUUUUUCAAAAUGAGGAAUAUCGACUUUCUGAAAGGCUUGAGCGAGUUAGCCGUUAUUACGACGUAUGGGAACCUCCUCCCAAUGGUGGGACUCGAAUGCUGUAUCUCAAUCAAGUUUUAUUACCAAAAAUCGCGUACGAACACCUUGUCAUUUCAAGUCAAUUUCGUGGUCUCGAGUGUGAGCAAAACUCUAAAAUGGACUUAAUUCUCGCACUUGGUGAAUGCUUUGAGUUGGAGAUUGAAUUAAAAGGCGAAGAGGGACACGCUGCUCUUAAAGAAGCAGAGAAAAUGUUCCGGGACAACGACCAGAAAAAUAAAGUCAUUAUGCCUCAAACGGAAAGAAGUGAAAUAUUUGAAAAGUGGCAAAAUGUCAAAACAUUGCGAAGGGAAAGAUACGCACGAUGCGAAAAGGAGGCAAAAAAGUUUGAGAAUCAAAGCUACUCAAAACUUGGUGGCGAAUGUCGGGCUGCACCGUGCAUUGUGCGAUUGGAGGGCACAAUUGUCCAGUCUACCGCUCGAGGCAACAAAUUACCGAGAGGAGUGACUGCAAGUGGCUUGCCGUUAACUUCCCCCCGUAACAGUUUACCCGUCGCAAAUGUAUCAACUGGAGGCUCUCAUUUAGCGUUGUUGACUCAAGCCGGGUGCACAUUUUUGACGUCAUCCAAAUUGUGCAGUAAAUUAUUCGUGUCUCAUUUGUCAAUGCAAUUAUUUUGCAGGUCGCUUUACACGUGUGGAAUUGGCACCAGCGGACGUCUCGGUCUUCAGCCGAAUGAACAAGGAGUGAGUUGCUAUGACACAAUCCACCCGCACCGUGUGGAAGCAUUUGAUGGCUUAACAGUGUGUCAGGUCUCAUGCUCGUUUUCACACAGCGCAGCUAUCGAUUCGAAAGGCUUUCUAUACACUUGGGGAUCCGCUAGCACAGGAGAGCUGGGAGUCGGUAUUGCUGAGGACAGAUAUAAGCAGUACUCAUCAACGCCUUUACUCGUCAAAUUUUCCGGAAAACGUAGUAUUCGAUCUGUAUCAUGUGGAGCUUCACAUACUGGGGCAGUCUCUACAGCAGGAGAAUUAUUUAUGUGGGGCUCAGCAAAUGGAGGUCGUCUUGGUCUUGGUUCGCAUGUGAGAGACUGCGUCGUUGUGCCCACAUUGGUAAAAGAACUCAUGAUGAAAAAAAUUCGGGUUUGGCAAGUGUCAUGCGGAGUAGCACAUUCGGCAUUCUGUACUGAAAUCACGUCCGAAUUUAGCGAAGGAAGAAAUAAAUUGCUCGGUGGUCAGGUUUACGUUUGCGGAGGUGCGACUGCACUUAAUCGGUAUGUGCUGUCGUGGGAACAGAUUCCAGACUUUACAUGUAUUAGCGUUUGUCAAGUGGCGUGUGGUGGUAGUCAUACUGCUGCUGUAUCUUCUUAUGGGGAGCUUUAUACGUGGGGCCGAAAUUCUCAUGGCUGCACAGGCCACAAUGCAAACCGUCUAUUCAUUGAGAAGCCAGAGCUACUUAAAUGCUUACAUGUAGCUCCCUAUAACCUUGCAUUAGGAAAGCCGAGUCGUCAAAUUUCCAUUUACAAUGAGCAAGGACCGAAUCUAGCAGUCAAUGGGAAAACAGAGGGUGCAUUGGCGGUUUGUAUCCACACUCAAAUGGAAGACAAUCCGUGGUGGGAAGUAGACCUUGGACAACUUGCUGUCAUCGAAAAAAUUCGGUUGUGGAAUCGGACGGAUGAGCCCUCAAAUCCAUCAAAGAAAGAAUCCGAGUAUAGCGGUCGAUUAUUUCCGUGUUGGAUAUUUGUGAGUGAGGUAGCAUUUAAAAAGCUUGAUGGCAAGGAAGGUUUGCGAGCAGCAAAACUUCAGUCAAAUGCAUUCGAGUUGUUUCACACCAACAAACGAAUGACAGAAUGGAUUAUUCCAUCAACAAAUACAGUUGGUCAAUUCGUUCGAGUGCAACUGCAAAAUAAGAAUUUUCUCCAUAUCGCUGAAGUGGAGGUGUUUGGAAUCUUUUCUGCCUUCAAUUUUGUAGGCAAGGUCGGCACGGUGCAAUGCAGUACAGACGCCACACUUGUUAUCAUGCCACCAAUCUCCACCCAAAGUGUGCUGGACGACUACUAUCUCCGCGCCAUUCAAGCUGAUGCUGACAAUGCAAAAAUUUUGUGCCACUUUAAAGCCUACGAGCGGUCAUUCCGCAAAUUUGGUUGUAACAUUCCGGAGACAUUUGGCAGCACAUGUAGACUUUGUCGCGUCUUCCGUAAAUGCGAGAUCUGCGAGUUCUACGCUUUGAUCGAGAAUAAUUACCACGGUAGUCAAAAGCAGACGUUCUCUUCUCAGCACGUUGGCGAUCGCUUGGGACUCAAAGAAUUUAUCAAUAAAGCGUUGGCGGAAGAAACACUACAUGCAGAACAACCGCAACAGCUUUGCGAGGAAAAAGAAGUUGCGAAAACAGUCCUUCAAGCAGAAAAUGAUCGACAGCACGAACAAGAUUCAACGCGCACCAAGCGACAGAUUCGGCUGCUUAAGUCAUUGCAGAAUUUUAGUCUCCGUACCAAAAAUCAAUAA